AUGUUCCGGACGGGCCCAAAAAUCCAGAAGGCUUUGACGACCCGAACGGGCCCGACAACUACAACCUGUCGGGCCCGUCCAGGUAGUCGAUCUUGUCCAGGUCAUCAGACCCUUCAAGGUCAUCGGGCUCGUCCAAGUUGUCUAGCCUGUCCGGUCGUCGAGCCUGUCCGGUCGUCGUGUCCAUCCGGGUCAUCGGGCCCGUCCAGGUCAUCGGGCCCGUUUGGAUCGUCGAGUUCGUCCAGGUCGUCAUGUCCGUCAGGCCCGCCCGGGUCGUCGGGCCGUCCGAGUCUUCGGGCUAGUUCGGGUUGUCCAGAACGUCCGAUUGGUCGGGCCCGUGCGGGUCGUCAGGCCCUUCCAUGUCGCCGGGCUCGUCCUGGUCGUUGGGCCCAUCCUUGUCGUCGUGCCCGUCUGGAUUAUCAGGCUCGUCCGGAGCAUUGGGCAUGGCCAAACCGUUGGGCCUGUUCAACUAGUUGGUCUCGUCCGGGUCAUCGGGGUCGUUCGGCCAGUCCAGAUCAUUGUGCUGGUCCGGGUCGUCUGGCUUACUCAGAUCAUCAGGCCCGUCCGGGUCGUCGUGCUCGUUUGGAUCAUCCAGCCCGUUCGGUUCGUCAGGCCCGUCCAGGUCAUUGUGCUUGUCCGAGUUGUCAGGCCCGUCCGGGUUGUCAUGCCUCUCGGUGUCAUCAGGCACGUCUAGGUCUUCAGACCCGUCUAGUUUGUUAG